CUAAUGCCUGGUGGACUUGGAAGGAUGGGGGUGGCCCAAGGCGUAGGAGCUGAGGCGCGCUAGUGACAGUUGAGGGAGGUGGUCUAGGUGCUGCUGCCGCCGGCCCGCGGCUCCCUGACCAGCCUGCAACAGGAGGUCCAGCCCCUCACUCCACUGAACAAAUGACGAAGGGAACCCCAGGGAAGGCAACUUGGUCUCUUUCAAAGGCCCUUUCUUAGCCCAGUACUUCCACUUUUAGAGGUGCAGGUCGUUGGGGUAGAGGAGAUCCUGGGGGACCUCCCUGGCUCCUCUUCACCCCACACGCCUCGGGGAGCUUUUCACCUCUUGGCAACCUCAUCUCUACGGUCCUCACCUCUGUGAUGCCAUCUGCACCUCUCGCGCCUCGGUGAGGUUCCUGGGUGGGUGGCCUCGACUGCCGUCCUCGGGUCACUUCUGUUCAGCCCGCGGGGGCCCCGACAGAUCGUGUGAUAGCCAGGGAGGGCGGGAGGCAGCCGGGAGCGCGAGGCUGGGCCCCGGGGAGCUGGCGGGGGGAGCCGCCGCGCUGCACUUCCGGCGGCCGGCGCUGGGGGCAGCGUGGAGCCCCGGCCGGCCUCCCGCUCCGCUCUGGGCCGGAACGCGACGCCGGGAACCAGGAAGCACCUGGCGGCGAGCGCGGGGCAGCGGGCAUGGCGGCGCCCGGCUGGGGCCCCCCGCGGCUGGACGGCUUCAUCCUGACGGAGCGGCUGGGCAGUGGCACGUACGCCACGGUGUACAAGGCCUACGCCAAGAAGGACACUCGCGAGGUGGUAGCCAUAAAGUGUGUAGCCAAGAAAAGUCUGAACAAGGCAUCUGUGGAAAACCUCCUGACAGAAAUUGAGAUCCUCAAGGGCAUCCAACACCACCACAUCGUGCAGCUCAAGGACUUCCAGUGGGACAGUGACAACAUCUACCUCAUCAUGGAGUUCUGUGCAGGGGGCGACCUGUCUCGUUUCAUCCAUACCCGCAGGAUUCUGCCUGAGAAGGUGGCUCGUGUCUUCAUGCAGCAGUUGGCUAGUGCCCUGCAGUUCCUGCACGAACGGAACAUCUCUCACCUGGAUUUGAAGCCCCAGAACAUUCUGCUGAGCUCCUUGGAGAAGCCCUACCUCAAAUUGGCAGACUUCGGCUUUGCGCAGCACAUGUCCCCAUGGGAUGAGAAGCACGUGCUCCGCGGUUCUCCGCUCUAUAUGGCCCCCGAGAUGGUGUGUCAGCGACAGUACGAUGCCCGCGUGGACCUCUGGUCCGUGGGGGUCAUCCUUUACGAAGCCCUCUUCGGGCAGCCCCCCUUUGCCUCCAAGUCGUUCUCGGAGCUGGAAGAGAAGAUACGUAGCAACCGGGUUAUCGAGCUCCCCCUGCGGCCCCCACUCUCCCGUGACUGCCGGGACCUGCUGCAGCGGCUCCUGGAGCGGGACCCCACCCGUCGCAUCUCAUUCCAGGACUUCUUCGCCCACCCCUGGGUGGACCUGGAGCACAUGCCCAGCAGGGAGAGCCUGGCACGAGCGACCGCCCUGGUGGUGCAGGCUGUGAAGAAGGACCAGGAGGGGGAGGCCGCGGCUGCCUUGUCUCUCUACUGCAAGGCUCUGGACUUCUUUGUGCCUGCUCUGCACUAUGAAGUGGAUGCCCAGCGGAAAGAGGCAAUUAAAGCAAAGGUGGGGCAGUAUGUGUCCCGGGCCGAGGAGCUCAAAGCCAUCGUCUCUUCCUCCAAUCAGGCCCUGCUAAGGCAGGGGCCCACUGCCCGGGACCUGCUCAAAGAGAUGGCCCGGGACAAGCCGCGCCUCCUAGCUGCCCUGGAAGUGGCUUCGGCUGCCACGGCCAAGGAGGAGGAAGCUGGUGGGGAGCAGGACGCCCUGGACCUGUACCAGCACAGCCUGGGGGAGCUGCUGCUGCUGCUGGCAGCGGAGCCCCCAGGGCGGAGGCGGGAGCUGCUUCACACUGAGGUUCAGCACCUCAUGGCUCGAGCUGAAUACCUGAAGGAGCAGGUUAAGAUGAGGCAGUCUCGCUGGGAAGCCGAGAGCAUGGACAAAGAGGGGCUGUCGGAGUCUGUUCGUAGCUCUUGCACCCUGCAGUGACCCCAGAGGUUGGCAGGACGGACUGUGGGCCACCUAAAUCUUGGAGUUGAAGGCCUGCUCUUCUCAGGCUGGGAGUGUGGAUCAACCCCCAGAGUUCUGUGGCCCUCUGCAGCUCUGGGACCUACAGAGGGGGCUUUCUGGGUGGACAACUCUGAGACCGUCACAUCCCAGGGCCCCCAGCCUCCCUCAGGUACACUCCUCCCCCUGGAGGUUGGCCUAUGCUGUGAGCUAGGAGCAUUGGGCCUUGGCCCCAGGCGGCCAGGAGGCAGGACCCUGGGAGAAGAGAACUUCUUUCAUGUGACCUUUACCUUGGAAGUUUAAAAGUUGCCAUUUGGUGGUUGCUGGAUCCUGAGCCUCCUAGCAUUUUUGCUCCGAGAAGAAGGCAGAGGACCCUCUGCAGAGCAAGUCUGCUCUUGCCCCCUCCCUGCCAGCAGGCAGCCAGCACCCUGGGCCACCCCCAUCCUUCCUGGGAGCCCUUAUUCUGACUCACCUCUGUCCUUACACUGGAACGGGGCACUCCAGAACCCUUUAGGGACCACUCAGCCCCACAGAAUUCACCAGUCUUCCUGGGAGCCUACCCCCACCCACCAUCUCGGUAUUUUAAGAUAAUACUUUCAAGCAUGAAAAUAAUGUACUUUGUAGGGGUGAGUGCACAUUUCAGAAGCCCAUGCCUUGUUCCGGCCCUAGUGCACGGGUAUAAGCGGAGGGGGUCCUUGACCCACAUCCCUCCCACUUCCUCUCUAGGGCCUGCCCCCCAGCUUGCCACAGAGCUGCCCCUGUGCUGGAGUUUGGGGGGUCUGAGAGAGGGAAGUUGCAAGGCUGCCUGGCACAUCAGGCUGCAGGGGAAGCAGUGCCGUCUGGGAGACCUGAUGCUGGUUCUGACACUGCCAUGGGUGACCCCGGGCAAGCCCCUUCCCCUUUCUGGGCCUUGGUCUCCCUGUCUCUCCAGUGGGGCUGCAAAUACCUCCUCAACCCACAGCAUGAGGGCAAAGUGACUUUAAUCUAGAGAAGAAUGUAUACACUUAGAGUUAUUUGGGGGUUUCUCUUUAAAAAUCAGAGAAGGUGUUGGUGGUGUCUUCUAACCCUCUGCCCUUAAAUUCCUCCUUGGAACAAGAGUCUCUGUUCUCCCAGAGGCUGGGUGUAAAAAAUGUAAUUCAUUGUUUCUCUAUUAAAUUAUUUUCUGUA